GGUGGAGCCAGGCUCCGCCCGCCCUCAUGCAUAUGCAGCGGCUCUUCCUAUUUCUGCCGCACACAAAGGAAGGAAAUCUCUUUCUCUGAUCCUUUUCUCUCCUCCCCCCCCGGAGCCCCUACCUCCCCGCCCCGGGCUAUGCUGCAGCGACUGUGCGGUGUCCCCGCAGCUCGCUCUGCCGCUGCCGGGCGCUGGGAAGCUGGAGGUUUUCUAGUUUGUUGGGUGGUUUCUUUUUUUUUUUUUGGCUUUUCGUUUCGGAUCCUCCCAGCUCUCCCGUGCCUCUUGCAGCAGGCAAGCCAGGCAGCCCUGUGUCAUGACUUAUGAAUGACCGUGACUCAGGGAUCGCCCACCCUCCGCGAGGGGCCACUUAGUCCGAGCCGGCAGGGGGGCAGGGCUGGGCUGCGUGUGCCUGCAGAACUGGAGCUCCCUGCUGCAGCGGGGGGUGCUGGACACCACGCCCUCCUGGCCUGGAGUAAUCCUGCAUGACCAUCACAAAGAUGUCAUGGCACCCUCAGUACCGGAGUUCCAAGUUCCGUCACGUCUACGGCAAGCCAGCCAGCAAGGAGAAGUGCUAUGACUGUGUGCCCAUCACACGCAGCGUCCACGACAACCACUUCUGUGCUGUCAACCCCCACUUCAUUGCUGUGGUGACGGAGUGUGCAGGUGGUGGGGCCUUCCUUGUGAUACCCGUGCACCAGACAGGAAAGCUUGACCCACAUUACCCUCGAGUGUGUGGGCACAAAGGGAACGUGCUGGACAUCAAGUGGAACCCUUUUAAUGACUUUGUAAUAGCUUCCUGCUCAGAAGAUGCCACUGUCAAGAUCUGGGACAUCCCCAAGCAUUUGCUAACAAGAAACAUCACCAAUGCAAAGAAGGAACUCCUCGGCCAUGCACGGAGGGUUGGCCUCAUCGAAUGGCACCCCACUGCCAAUAACAUCCUCUUCAGCUCUGGUUAUGACUAUAAGAUUAUGAUAUGGAGCCUCGACACAAAGGAGACGGUCAUUCAGAAUCCAGUGAAGAUCUUCGAUUCUCACAAGGAUGUGAUCCUCUCCAUGUCAUUCAACGUGGAUGGCAGUCUGCUAGCCACAGCCUGCCGAGACAGAAAGAUACGGAUUUUUGAGCCUCAAACAGGCACAGUUGUACAGGAAGCCAGCUCCAAGUCUCACAGAGUGAAUAAAGUUUUGUUUCUAGGAAACAUGAAAAAGCUGCUCUCUACUGGCACAUCCCGGUGGAAUAAUAGGCAGAUAGUCUUAUGGGAUCAGGGUGAUCUUUCGGUGCCUUUAUUGGAGGAGGAUCUAGAUGGCUCCUCAGGGCUGCUUUUCCCUUUUUAUGACUCAGAUACAAACAUGCUAUAUGUUGUGAGCAAGGGUGAUGGGAACAUUCGCUACUAUGAGAUAAGCAUGGAGAAGCCAUACCUGAACUUCCUGAUGGAGUACCGCUCCCACAUACCACAGAAAGGCAUUGGGGCCAUGCCGAAGAGAGGCCUUGAUGUGUCAGCCUGUGAGAUCUUCCGAUUCUACAAGCUGAUCCCAACCAAAAGCCUGAUCGAGCCCAUUUCCAUGAUUGUGCCACGGCGGUCAGAAUCUUACCAGGAGGACAUCUAUCCUAUGACAGCUGGGACCCAGCCAGCACUGACAUCUCAGGAGUGGCUGAAUGGAAUCAAUAAAGGGCCUGUUCUGGUGUCCUUGAGACCAGGCUCUGGGAUUGUGAAUUCUCUGCCACAAUUUCCUGAGCAAAAGCCAUCCCAGAAGAGCACAGAAUCCAACUGGUACCAAAACCAGGAAGAAUGGAUGCCACUGGAGGAGAUCCAAAAGCAAAGCAGUGUCUCAGACAGGAAAAGCCAGAAGAAAAUGGAGAGACUGCAGGAUGAUAGCCAGAUGCGGCUUUCCAAUGGCUUUGAUGUGUUUGAAUGCCCCCCGCCCAAAACUGAGAAUGAGCUGCUACAGAUGUUUUACCGACAGCAGGAGGAAAUCCGGAGGCUGCGUGAGGUGGUGAGUCAGAGGGAUGUCCAAAUCAAGCAGCUGGAGCUGGAGAUCAAAAACUGCCACAUGGAUGCCGGCAGGUACUGAGGGCAUAGGGGUGCCUGUGUGGCUGACGGCACCCGGCACACCUAUGAGACCCCAGCCACCUUGAGAGAACUGCUCUUUCUAGCUUUGGAUUAAGAUGGAAGGCAUGCAAUUGAAUGCCCAGUGGCAGCACACAGGCUCACACCCAUCUAUGGAGCUCGCAGAGGAAACCUGGCUCAAAAAGCAUGGACAAAGUGUUGGGAGUCUUGUUCUGGCUCUGCACCCUCCUUUGAUGCCUCUGUAUGCUGCAGUGUGCUGGAAUAAGCAGAAGGGGUACUACAAGCUUCCCAGAUCAGCCUGUGCCUGGCAGUGCUGCUCUUGCAGUCCCUGCACUGCUGCCUGGCUGUUCAGUGAGGGGAGGCUGUCAGCACUAGCCAGGUGCUGUGUAGCAGAGCCCAUGGGGGUGGCCUACAAACUGCCCACACUGCACAAGGCCUGAGCUACCCUGCACAUGGAAUAACAUCAUGUAAGACCCAUAUGAGGACUGGAGUCUUUGGCCUGUCCCAAUAGCACCUCCAGCCCUCCCAGAGUAGGCAUCCAGGCCUGGUACUCCUGUCAUUCUCCCAUCUUUUCCCUUCAGGCAGGGUCUAUUGCUACAUCCUGUUUCUUCUGCAACAGCCAUUGGCUCCAUCGCUACCUCAUGCCCCAUAACCCAGACACCAGUUAGUCUGUAGCCCUUUCAUGCCUCAGCAGCAUUUCCAUGACCCUACACUGCUUGUCUCCCACGAAGUACACACACGCUGCCAUCCACAUGCUGUUAGUUGCCUGACUUUUCCACUCUUGACUGCCUGAUGUCAGAGCACCUUGCGGUUUAGCUUCUCCUGCCAAGGCUGAAAACUCUGUUCCCUGAGCCUCUCUCUGUAUACCUGGUGAGAACCCAGGUGUCCUGAGGUUUUCCAGGUCCCUUAGAUGUAAACAGUAGUGUCAAUGCAAACCCUGAGGUGGAAAGAAGUGUCCAUGGUCUCCUGAAUGGUGUGAGAAUCAAUGAGGCACUUCAUUUUCCCCGAAGUAAUUACUGCUUCACACAUACGUGUAUGUGUAUAUGUGAAUGCACUCAUGUACACAUGGGGUGAGCAUGGGCAAGAUGGCAGGGCCAUGAUCUGAGCUCAAACAUUUGCCAAAUGCGAGGAAUGCUACUGUGUCCCUAGAUUAGAACCACUGCACCACAGAGAAUUCAGUAGCCAGUGAAGUCAGGGCUGUGUCCUGCCUGCUAGUGUCUCCUGUUGGGGCAGGGUGCUCACUAGCACCAGCUCCCAGAAGGCUGCAGCCGACAGAAAGUGUUCGUCUGUGAGCACGCAAGAGGACCCACAAUAGGUGUGUAAUCUAAAGAGACCUCAGCCUUCCCAAAAGCCUCAUGCCACUCUAAGAACCAAGAAACUCAGGUGCUAAAGAACAGUCACUUUUAUGUUGCUUUGAACAGCCCCCUUUCUCCACUCUCACCAGUGACCAUUUGUGUGCGGGUAGUUGGCCACGCAUUAAGACAAAAUCCAUUUAGAGUUGGCUG